AUGUGUUUUAUUGUCAAAGAUAUUUUGAAACGUUUUCUUAAAUAUCAAAGUGGUGAUGGGGAGGGACAUGCUGCUAAUUGUGAUUAUGGAGUUGAAAUAGUAUUAUUUCAUUCGAACCUUUUAGUAGACAUUGAAGUUGAAAGUGUUGGACGAGUGUUGAAGCUGGAUUCAAUUAAAAGUGGACAGAUUUGGAGGGAAUUUGACCUUUUGAUUUUCAACACUUGGCUUUGGUGGGAUUUUGUUGAAGUUGGUGGCAAGUUAUUGAAAGAUAUGAACCGGGUAGAAGCAUUUCGGGCUGGACUAAAUACAUGGGCCAGAUGGGUUGAUACAGAUGUGGAUACAGCAAAAACUAAAGUUUUCUUUCAGAGAACAUCUCCAGCCCAUUAUCAGUAA